AUGGGAAACUGUUGUAGACGUGAAUCAUCAAUGGUUUGGGCAUCCGUGGAUGAUGAAUGGAAUCAAUCUGUAACGCCAAAGAAGGAAAAAGAAAGCCUUCUGAUCAGUGAUAACCAUCGUAACAGAGAGGAGGUGAAGAUCAAGAUUACAAAGAGGCAGCUCCAAGAAUUUCUGGGCAGAGUUGACAUGGAGGACUUGACUACGGAACAAGCCUUAUGCCAGUUAGUCAACGUCGGAGCCAGCGCCGGCGCAGGCGAUCUUUCCCAUGUUCGAAGUCAACGGCUUUGGAGGCCUCGUCUACACAGUAUUCCUGAAGUCGAUUAA